GCCAGUGACGUAAGUAGCUGUGUGGUUAGAAGAAGGCUAGCUCUCUGCUCUCUCUGAAUCGCUCGCUUAAAGGACGACCUAAACUAACUCAUUUGACCGAUUUUACCCGAAAGCAAGACAUUUUACUCGUACAGGUCGUGUAUAAAUCGUGAGGGGCGAAGGUCGACACCAGCCCAAACUGAUCCCCCCCAGCCCACAGUGUCAAACAUCAGACAGACGACAGCAGCCCUGCACACAGACGCUAUGGAUCGUUCACCCACCGCCGCCAGCCUGAUGGCCAGCAACAUCACCAACAAGACCGACCCACGCUCCCUCAACUCCCGGGUCUUCAUCGGCAACCUCAACACCCUGCUGGUCACCAAGGGGGAUGUCGAGGCCAUCUUCUCCAAAUAUGGCAAGAUCGUAGGCUGCUCUGUCCACAAGGGCUUCGCCUUUGUUCAGUUCGCCAACGAGAGGAACGCCCGAUCUGCCGUCGACUCCGAGGACGGGAGAAUGAUUGUCGGGCAAGUGCUUGACAUCAACUUGGCUGGAGAACCCAAACCACACAGGUCAAAAACCACCAAACGCUCGGCCGGAGACAUGUACAGGUCAGUCUCUGACACUGAUUCUGAUACUAACAACGCCACAGCUGUACACACUUCUCAAGAAGAAUACCUCAACAGUUCCUCAUUUGAACUCGACUAUGACUUUCAGAGAGAUUAUUACGACAGAAUGUACUCGUACCCGUCCCGUGUUCCCGCUCCCCCUCCGCCCUUGUCGCGGGCCGUGGUCCCGUCCAAGCGCCCGCGGGUCGGCGUGAGCGGAGGAAGCAGCCGGCGAACCAAGAGCGGCUUCUCCUCUUCCUCCAAGAGCGGUCAGAAGACUUCCUCUUCCAGAACAAUUGCUCACUCUGCAGUGAAAGUGGAUGAGCUUCAGACCAUCAAGCGGGAGUUGACCCAGAUCAAAAGCAAAGUGGACGACCUGCUGGAUAGCCUGGAGCGCAUGGAGAAGGACCACAGCAAGAAAUCCGGAGGCAAGGGUAUGAAAACGGAGCCAGGCGAGGUGACUUCACCUCUGCACCCAAGCAAGAAGGACGAGGGGUUAAAGAGAGAGAGGGAGUGCCAGGAGAUGAACGACUCCGACGAGGAGGAGGACGACGACGAGGGCGACCUGCUGGAGGAGGAAGAGGUGAAGAGCCAAGGGGAAGAGGAUGAUGAGGAGGAGGAAGGAGAGCACGUGGAAGGUGACGACGAAAGCGUCAACGGCGAAGAGGACUCGUAGGCACGGACCGCACCGACGCAUGCAGCGUACACUCAGCUUCCCGUAGGAACUCGGACUCCUGUUUUAACACAUGUUGUAGAGCAAAACACACACAAGCAUGGUUCACACUAUCUGUUGUCCCAUUGUCCCUAAAGCCGAUAGUUUUUUCUGUUUGGUUUUUGUUGUUAUUUUGGCCAGUUGUCCAUUGUUGCUGUGACGGGAAUAACUAGCUGUAGGUUUCGGUUUGUGUUUUUACGGCGUCGUUACUUGCCUUCAGGAGAAGACGGAUUAACACAAGACUGUUAAUGUUCUCAGAGACGACAGCUCGACGGACAUGUCUUAACGAGAGGACGGAAAUUCAGCUACGAUAGAACGGUUUUUAGGUUCAGUGUGUUUUUCUUCAUCGGUGAGUUUGUUUGACCUUGUGUGUCUGUAUGUUAAUGUCAGUUUUUUAUACUAUUCAGUUUCAGUUCAAAUGUAAAGAAAUAAAUUGCAAUAAAAUAUUAAAAUGGAAAAAGUG